CACUGAAAUGAAAAUCUUGACUCCUAUUGAGCCAUGCCUCCAACUUCUGUGUUUCUCAUUCUGUUCUUGAUUUUCUGGUCAGAGUAUUUCUGUCUCAGCUGAUGAAAACAUGGAUGUGACAAAUCCUUCUAACAGCUGCUAUGACACCAUAGUACUUGGGGCCGGAAUUCAGGGUUCCUUCACUGCUUACCACCUUGCUAAAAACAAGAGGCGCACCCUGCUGAUAGAACAGUUUAUCUUGCCACAUUCCCGCGGCAGUUCUCAUGGCCAAACACGUAUUACCCGGAUGGGUUACCAAGAAGACUACUACACACGUAUGAUGAAAGAUUGCUUUACACUGUGGGCACAGCUGGAAUCAGAAGCCAAAGUAAAGAUAUACAGCCAUACUGGCCUUCUGUUAUUUGGCAAGAAUGAUGACAAGCAACUGGGGAAAAUCCAGAGGACUAUGAAGCACAGUGGGAACCCCCCUGAGAUUCUGACUCAUGAUGACUUUACCAGGAAAUUCCCCAAUGUCAGCUUACAGCCCGGAGAAGUUGCCUUCAUGGACAGAGUUGCAGGAGUGCUUUAUGCAAAUCAAGCCCUCCUUACUGUGCAGAAAUUAUUCCAGGACAUGGGAGGAGUGAUUCGGGAUAGAGAGAAAGUUAUUGACAUACAGCCAGGAAAUCUGGUAACUGUAAAGACAGCAUCUGGAGCAUACAAAGCAAAGAGCCUGGUGAUUACUGCAGGACCUUGGACUAACAGUGUACUUAAUCAGAUUGCUCUGCAACUCCCGCUUAAGACCCUGAGGAUCAAUGUUUGUUACUGGAAGGAGAAGGUUGCUGGAACAUAUGGACUUUCACACAACUUUCCAUGCUUCAUUGGGUCAGAUGUAUGCAAUACAGGGCACGACAUCUAUGGUUUGCCAUCAAAUGAGUAUCCAGGCUUAAUGAAAAUCUGUUACCAUAGUGGUGAAGAAUCUGAUCCUGAGAAACGGGAUAUAAUAGGAAGAGGUACUCCUCAGGACAUUAAGAUCCUUGGUGAAUUCGUCAAAAAGUACUUUCCCGGGCUCGAGUCUGAGCCUGCAGUGGUGGAGAGUUGCAUGUACACAUGCACGCCAGAUAAUAACUUCAUUCUUGAUUGUCAUCCUGUGCACGAGAACAUCAUCAUAGGAGCUGGCUUCUCAGGUCAUGGAUUUAAACUUUCUCCUGUUGUUGGGAAAAUCCUUUGUGAACUCAGCAUGGGAAAAACACCAUCACAUGACAUUUCACCUUUCAAGAUGAAUCGCUUCUCAAUCAAGCUAAAAUCAGCAUUGUGAGAUGUUAUCAAGUGACAGCAGUUAGCCAAUGCCUGCCUUAAUCAAAGAGAUUGGAGAAUAUCCUAUUCUAACUAAUAAUUAAUUGGUAGGGUUAAGAGGUUAACCAUCAGCUAAUGAGAAUGGCACAAAGUAAACAAAGACAAAACUUGUUUUCUAACCUUUUAACGUGUUUUGUUUUUAAAGUUUCUGUUGUAUAAUGACAUUGCUGAUUGACCACAUGUAUAAACUACAAUAAAGACAUAUAUAGUGCAUAUGG